GGAAAAUUGAAAGGUACAACACGCGCAAUACGCUAAUGCAUAAUGAGUUGUACCUUGACACAGUGAUGGCUGUUUAUUGCUAUCCACAUGUUUGCUGAUGCCACAUAUUUUCCACGUCAGCAAAUUUUCGAAAAAUAAUAAAAUCUUUCUUCGCCGUUGGAUCUCGCCGUUGACGGAAUUAAUGUUAAAAAAAUGCGUUCAGCUCACUGGUAGAGAGAGAAAAAAAAUGGAGCCCCAGAUUUUGACGGUUAAACCCCAGGGAUUCUAUUUAAUUCCCAAUACUUACAAAAAUUGCAUCACUCGCCGACGCCACGUCAGUGUUCCUCGUUGUUGCCGUCGCCUUCCCGAACAUUCCGGCGAAGCACGUGCGCCGAAACGUCGAGAUGUCUUAAUUACCCCGCUCCUCGCCCUCGGAGCUUAUGCACUCCGUACCGCGGUGGCGAAGGCCGACGACAAGCCGGCUUUGGAAGGCGGAGCGCAGAUUCCACAGCCAUCGCAGCAGGGGGCAGUUGGCUCGCAGGAGGAGGCCGCCGCGGAUCCGGCGGCGAAGGAGGAAGUGAUUAAUUCGAGGAUUUACGACGCGACGGUGAUUGGAGAGCCGAUGGCGUUGGGCAAAGACAAGAGCAAGGUGUGGGAGAAGAUGCUGGAUGCGCGGGUCGUGUAUUUAGCGGAGGCGGAGCAGGUUCCAGUUCCCGACGAUAAAGAGUUGGAGCUUGAAAUUGUGAAAAAGCUGAACAAGAGAUGCGUGGAAUCCGAUCGGCCUAUUGCUUUGGCCUUGGAAGCUUUUCCCUGCAACUUACAGGAACAGCUCAAUCAGUACAUGGAUAAAAGGAUUGAUGGACAAACCCUAAAAUCAUUCGUAACACAUUGGCCACCUCAGCGGUGGCAAGAAUAUGAGCCUCUAUUGACUUACUGCAUCAAUAAUGGGAUUCGGCUUGUUGCUUGUGGGGUCCCACUUGAGGUUCUAAGAACAGUUCAAGCUGAAGGUGUUCUUGGUCUUUCUAAAGUCGAUCGUAAAAAAUAUGCUCCGCCAGCUGGCUCGGGCUUCAUCUCGGGUUUCCCUUCCAUCUCUCGGAGAUCAUCCAUGGACAACAAUUUUCCCAAUCAGUCUGCUACAUUUGGCCCAAUGUCGUAUCUUUCAGUACAAGCAAGAGCUGUUGAGGAUUACACAAUGUCGCAGAUUAUAUUACAAGCUGUGUCCGAUGUGGGGUCCACUGGCAUGCUUGUUGUAGUAACAGGGGCUAGCCAUGUCACGUAUGGGUCCAGGGGAACUGGGCUGCCAGCAAGGAUUUCGAGGAAAAUGCAGAAGAAGAAUCAAGUGGUGAUUUUACUCGACCCGGAGAGACAGUACAUACGAAGGGAAGGCGAGGCCCCGAUUGCAGAUUUCUUGUGGUAUUCUGCAGCAAGAACUUGCAAUAGAAAUUGCUUCGAUCGUGCUGAAAUUGCUCGCGUUAUGAAUGCAGCUGGCAGAAAAAGAGAUGCCUUACCCCAGGACCUUCAAAACGGACUUGAUCUUGGUCUCGUAUCACCAGAAGUUCUUCAAAACUUCUUUGAUCUGGAGAAAUAUCCUCUUAUCUCAGAAUUGACUAACCGAUUCCAGGGUUUCAGAGAGAGAUUAUUGGCAGAUCCAAGAUUCCUACAAAGAUUAGCCAUAGAAGAAACAAUCUCAAUCACAACUACUCUGUUAGCACAGUACCAAAAGCGUAAAGAGAAUUUCUUCGAAGAGAUUGAUUAUGUUGUGACAGAUACGCUGAGGGGAAUAGUUGUUGACUUUUUCACAGUGUGGCUUCCAGCGCCCACGUUGUCAUUCCUCUCGAAUGUCGACGACAUGAAUCCACCUGGCAGUGUGGAGGCAUUAAAAGGUCUUCUUGGCUCAAUUCCGGAUAAUGCGUUUCAGAAAAAUCUUGCAGGGAAGGACUGGAAUUUGAAUCACAGAAUCGCGUCAGUAUUUGUCGGAGGGUUUAAACUUGCCGGGGUUGGAUUUAUUUCCAGCAUCGGUGCAGUAGCUUCCUCCAAUGUACUGUAUGCAAUACGGAAGCUUCUUAGUUCGAGUUUUGAUAACAAGCAAGGGAAUAGACGGUCGCCUGUACUGAAAACAGCACUCGUGUAUGCUUCCUUUCUUGGAACAUCGGCUAAUCUACGUUAUCAAUUUAUUGCCGGAAUUGUGGAGCAUAGAAUAUCGGAGCAGUUCUCUGACCAGACAUUACUUGUGAACAUGAUAUCUUUUGUGGCUCGAACAAUCAACUCCUACUGGGGAACCCAGCAAUGGAUUGAUCUGGCACGGUAUACAGGGCUGCAGUCUCGUAAGAACGAAGAAGUUCAGUCUCAAAUUCCAGAUCCUUCAACUAAUACUGCAUCGGAAUGCAAUACUGUAGAAGAUACCACCACGAUUGAUGAAACAAACAAGCAAUAGAAACUUUUGCCUUCGGUACCUUUUUUUUUUUUUUUUUUUAAUUAAUUUAAAUUUGUACCGUCAGAAAUUCCGGGCAUAAGUUAUAUAUAUAGUACAGAAUGUAGGAAACAGAACCACACCUAUGUCAUUACAAUGGCACAUACUUGCAUGCAGUUCAAUAUACCUGUUACUUAUUCUU